AUGUCAGCCGGGACCGUGGUCAUCGCAGGAGGAAUUCUGGCUACAGUCAUCUUACUGACCAUCGUUGGCGUGCUGUGUUUAUGUAGGUUGCAGUAUUACUGCUGUAAGCAGGAGGAGUCUGAGAAGGGGGAAGAGGAGGAACCAGAACUGGACACCAUGUCACCCUCUCGCCCCCUGGCUCUGUGCGCUCCUCCUACCCCUCCAACCCCAGAGCAGUACAGCGACGAGCCCGAGACUUACCCCCCCACCUUUCUGACGGAGGCCAACGGAUCUGCCAGCUGCUCCCCGCCUCCUCCCCUUCCUCCUCCACGCAGGUGCCAGCGUGCGCACGCCUUCUGCCCGUCCUGCGCCCGCUGCUCGAUGCCCUUCUACCUGCAGCACCCGGAGAGACUGUGCAACGGUGGGCGCAGGAUCAGCUACAGGACUGUGCAGCAGCAGGACCUGGAGCUGCCCGACGACCUGGCCAGCUUCUACCACAAGCUGCUCCGGUCCUACACCAUGAAGGAGAUGAUGACCCAGAGCUACAGCACCGACGUCUAG